GGUUUCCUCCCAUCGAGUCCCCCGCCCCCCUCUCUCUCUCUCAUUGCAGGAGCGCCAGCAGCUGCGCGAGAGACAACCCCCCAAAGCCCUCAGCAAUGGUGAAGUUCCUGAAGCCAAACAAGGCGGUGAUCCUCCUCCAGGGCCGCUUCGCCGGCCGCAAGGCCGUAAUCGUCAAGAACUUCGACGACGGCACCCGCGAGCGCGCCUACGGCCACUGCCUCGUCGCCGGCAUCGCCAAGUACCCUAAGAAGGUGAUCCGCAAGGACUCGGCCAAGAAAACCGCGAAGAAAUCCAGGGUCAAGGCGUUCCUCAAGGUCGUGAACUACUCCCACAUCAUGCCGACGAGGUACACGCUCGACGUGGAUCUCAAGGACGUCGCGACCCUCGAUGCGCUGCAGACACGUGACAAGAAGGUGGCGGCGUGCAAGGAGGCGAAGCAGAGGUUUGAGGAGAGGUUCAAGACUGGGAAGAACCGGUGGUUCUUUACCAAGCUCAGGUUUUGAGGAACCAGGUAUCUUGAUCUCUUGGUUUGGGUCGUUUAGGGUUUUAUUUUCUUGAAAAAUGCUAUUGUCGUUUAAAGAAGAGUGCUGUCUUAUUGAGAUCUGGAUGUUGAGUAUUUGUAGUUUUGGGUUUGCAUCAUUUUAAUAGAUCGCAUGCUUUAUUAUCUUUUAUGUCUGAGGACCUACUUUGAUCGAGAACAUGCUGUUGAUGGUUUUGCAAUUAAUGGUGAUCGAUUCAAGAA